AUUCUCAUAUACAACAACAAAAAGCAAGAGCUGUAAUCCGAUUACUGGCUCCACAAGCAAGAAACGCUAUUAAUAAAAGAAAGAGAGAGAAAGACUCAUAACUACUUACUGACAAGGGCGAGAUAAAGUUUAUUACACCAAAAACAUGUCUUCUGACGAAGAGGAUACCGAUUGUCCUUUAUGUAUGGAAGAGUUGGACAUUGCCGACCGUAACUUUAGACCUUGUCCUUGUGGAUAUCAGAUCUGUCGUUUCUGUUGGCAUCACAUCAAGACCAACUUGAAUGGACGAUGUCCAGCUUGCCGAAGACUCUACACCGACCAAAUUGUAGAGUUCAUACCUGUGAGUGCUGAAGAAAUCAUGCGCCUCAAAAAAGAAAAGAAGGAGAAAGACCGUCAAACACGAGAGAUGCGUGACCCUAGUCGAAGACAACUUUCCAACGUGCGUGUGGUUCAAAAGAAUCUGGUGUAUGUACUUGGCUUAGGCUCAAAACAUGCCAAUACAGAGAACGACUUGUUUAAAAAAUAUGGUCGUAUUGAAAAAGUUGUGGUUAGUAAACGUUCUGCUGCUUCUGGAUCGACAUCAGUUGGCAUCUAUGUUACUUUUGCUAAAAAAGAAGAUGCGGGUAAGGCCAUUGAAGGUAUGAACGGGAUGGAACUCGAUGGGAAAACGAUCAGGGCUUCUUAUGGUACAACCAAAUAUUGUACUUAUUAUUUGAGACAUAUGGCUUGUCCUAACCCAAACUGUAUGUAUCUCCAUGAACCUGGGGAUGACGUCGAUAGCUAUAGUAAAGAUGCUGCUGCUUCUUCUUCUGCUACUUCUGCUGCUGCUACUGUUGCUGCUGCUUCUCCUGCUGUUUCUAUAGGAAAACAUGCUCAUGCCAGUGCAUCAUCUACAACGAGUGCUUUCCCCAACAAACGCCCUACUAUCACUAAAACGGCUAGUUCACCUUCUUCUACAGCUGCUAUUGCUAGUUCACCUGCCCCUACUGAAGCCAGGCCAGCACCCCGAGCAUGGGCACCUAUUCCUAAAGUGGUUCCUAUUUCGCCUGUUGUCAAAGAAGAACCUAUUGCUCCUAAAGAACCAGCACUUAAACCCAGUGUAUCUACUACUACUACUAUUACCACUACUACUACUACUACUACCACCGUGAAGAAGCCCAAGAAGUCCACACCACCUGUGAAAAAGGUGUCUAUGGAGGUAGAUGAAAAGCCUGCUCUUCCUGCAAGUGCAUCUUGGGCUAAUAAACAACCUGUAUUGCCUACCUCCAGUAUCACACCUGAUAACUUUGGUCCUUCUUUAUCUGAUGCUUUAAACGCACCUCAAAAGCCUAAACAUGCGCCUUCCCUCAAGGUCAAGAAGGAAAAGAAGAGUAAAGGUAAGAUGGUGCGUCUAGAAGAAUUCGAAGAGGCAGAGAGAGAGGCCAAGUUGGCUGCUGUUCUCAAGACGAAGGCACCUAAACCUGUUGAAUCUGUGGUGGAAAAAGAAGAGAAUGCAUCUCAAGUGGAGCCUGUUGACAUGCCGGUAGAACAAGAAAAAGAAGAACCAAAAAUGAAGCCUGUGGUUGAAGAAGUAGAACAACAGCAAGAAGUGCCUGAAAAGAAAGAAGAAAAAGAAGAAGAACAGGUAGAGGAAUCCAAGCAAGAACAAGAACAAGUCAUGCAAGAAAAGAAGCCUGAAAUGAUUGAAAUCAAACGCCUUCCAAUGCCUGUUGAAGAGGAAUUCAAGAAAGAAGAACAUGUCUUGGAUGACGAUAAUUUGGCUUGUUUGAAUGAUACGAUCAUUAAAGCCUUUGAUGAUGCUGCUGUUCAUCAAAAUGAAAAAGUGCAAGAACAGUCUGAAGAAUUGGUUGAUUCAAGUGAUACUGAAUUAUCCUUUGACCAGCCUGAACCUAUUUCUUCUCCUUUGGCUGCUAUGGACAGAUUGUCUGCUCUUGUUCAACAUGAACUAGAAGAUUCAUCACCAUCUAUGGAUAUGCAGCCACUUAAGCAAUUGGAUACUGGAUUUGAGCGUAUGCCUCCACCUGGUCUUGCUCAUCCUCCCCCACAACAAGCACCUCCUCCACCUCCUCCACUUGCUCCUUUACCUGAAUGGUUUAACCGUGGUUUUGAUCCCUUUAAUGGAUGUUGGAAGCCAGUGGUUUGUUUGGUAAUGGUGGAUUUAAUCCUGCUCCCCCUGUUGUUCCUCGCUUUGAUUUCAAUCCUCACCAUCCUCACCUUCAUCAUCCUCAUCCUGCAUUCCACCACCACCAUCACCAUCACCAUCCUCCCCCUCCUCCCCUCCUCCUCCUAUGGACCUCCUCCACCUCCACCCGACAUGUUGUCUCCUUUCCAUCCUCCACCUAUGCAUGACCCUAUGGAUGAAUUAAGAAACGAAUUUGGUGGUCUCAAAAUCAAUGGUCCUCAUGAACAACAAUCACGUGACGAUCUUCGUGCCUUGUUACCCAAUGUCAACAUCAGUUUCAACAAUUUCCAAGAAAAGAUGCGAGCAGAAGAAUUCUAUCAAAAGCAACUGUUGACUCAACGUCAACAACAAAUGCAGCGACUGAAUGAAUACAUACCCAUGGAAGAAAAGAGACAAGAUCCUGAUGUACGUGUAGAAGCACAAAACUUUUUUGGCGAAUUCCUUCGUAAAGCAGCUUCUAAUCAUGACAUGUCACCUAAACGAGAAGAACAAUAUCCUAGUGGACCCUUGCCUUUUCAAGAUCCUGCUAUUAUGUCUGUGCGUGUAGCAAACAAUAACACAAAUGAAAUGAUUCGUUCACAGAACACAAUACUUCAAAUCUUGGGUGGACAACCUUCUCCUCUUAUGGCUGAACAACAACAACAAGAACAACAAGAACAACAGCAGCAAAUGCAACAACAACAACAACAGCAGCAAAUGCAACAACAACAACAACAACAACAACAACAACAACAACAACAACAACAACAACAACAGCAGCAACAGCAACAGCAGCAUAUGCAACAUAUGCAACAUAUGCAACAGCAAUCACAACAAAUAGAUCCAAGAUUUACGAAUGGCAUGAUGCACCCUCAAGAAAGAGGCUUUCAUGACUUAGGCCCUAAACACUUUAAUAAUAUGAUGAUGCAUCAACAACAGCCUUCUUUCCAUCCCUCUUUUAUGUCUGGAUUUAGAGAACAACCUCCUCCUCCUCCUCCAAUGGGUAUGAUGGGCCGAAUGCCUCCACCAGGUAUGAUGAGACCCCCUAUGCCUAUGGGAUUUAGAAAUAACCCCCCUCCCCCUCCUCCACCCGGCAUCUUUACUGCUGAAGAAAAUCGUCUUUAA